UUGCCAUGGUGACUAAACGCUGUCAGGUAAAAAAAAAUGGCUGCUGUGAAAAACAAACUUUUACAAGGCCUCGCUGAAAACUUCUCAAAAGAAGUGGAGCACUUCAAUAAGACGGAGGUGGUCUGUCUGAUCCGAGACUUCAACAGGCACCUCGAGGACCAGACUGUCUCUGGGACCAGAGUUCUCAAGGGUUUGGACAGAGAGAAUUUCUUACACAUCCUGCACACCGUGUUUGGGAUGACAGAAGACACAAUGCUUAAUGGAGUAUUUAGAAUAUUUGACAAAGACAACGAUGGACUAAUUAGCAUGAAAGAGUGGAUUGAAGGAUUGUCUAUAUUUCUUCGUGGGUCCUUGGAGGAACAAAUGAAAUACUGCUUUCAGGUGUAUGACUUGAAUGGUGACAACUAUAUCUCCAGAGAGGAAAUGAUUCACAUGCUGAAGGACAGCAUGGUCAGUUGGCCCACAGAUGAGGACCCUGAUGAAGGAGUCAAAGACCUGGUGGAAAUUACACUCAAGAUGAUGGAUCAUGAUCACGAUGGCAAAUUGUCGUUUUCUGACUAUGAAAAGUCAGUGAGAAAAGAGAACCUGUUGCUUGAGGCUUUUGGAACCUGUCUCCCCAAUGCCACGAAAAUUCAGGCAUUUGAGGAGUAUACCUUUCAGUAUCCACCCAAACUGUAAAAUAGCUCUUGCACAUUUUCAAAUAUAGCCUCCUUAUUAAAAACGUUAGUAGCUAUGUGCACUAUACAGUAUGCAGCAUGUAC